AUGCGGGUAAGGGAAAUGCACCCUUUGUGCUGCAUAACGUUGGAGAGUCAAGGAAUUGGGAACGGUUCACCGGAGCCGAUGCUGUUGAGAACUGGGUCGGCGGUGGCGUUCUCCGGCGGUGGAUCUGAAGUCAAUGCCGGGGGAUCUGAAGUCAGCAGCAGUAGCACCACCACCAGUGUGGCUGGGAUCCUCUACAAAUGGACGAACUACGGCAAAGGGUGGCGAUCCCGGUGGUUUACCCUCCGCAGCAACGGCGUACUGUCAUACUCUAAAACCCGCCGCCCAAACAUAGUGCCCGGCGAUGACGUAAUCCUCAUCGGCCACGUCAAGCCACCCACUAGUCGUAAACGCAGCAAAGCCGUUGGCAUCGUGCAUUUAAAGAUUUCGUCAUUUCGUGAGAGUAAAUCAGAUGAUAGGCGAUUUUACUUAUUUACGGCUACAAAGACACUUCAUUUACGGACUAAUACAAACAAAGAAAGAGCGGCCUGGAUACGUGCUUUGAUUUCAACAAGAAGCCUCUUUUCAUUGAGACGACUGAAUGAGAAUAUCCCCAUUCUAACUAGAGAUUUAUCAGUAUCGACUGAAAGACUAAAGGAACGCUUGCUUGAAGAGGGAAUUGGCGAGGGACUUGUCAAGGACUGCGAGCAGAUCAUGCUUUCAGAAUUUUCUGAAAUACAGGGACAGUAUAAAGUUCUUUUCGAGGAGCGCUCCAAUUUGCUGGACACAUUAAGACAAUUAGAGGCAGCGAAUAUUGAAGCUGAAGCCUCUGGAAUUAAUGAUGGUGAAUACCAAUUGAUGAAGCAAGAGUUUUCGAAUCUAUCAAGUGGAAAAAACAUUGAAUGGAGCACUACAGAAUCAUCGGAUGAUGUUGAAAAACAAGACCUUGAGGAAGCAUCAGAUGAAGAGGAAACUCACUUUUUUGACACAAACGAGUAUUUUUCUGAACCAACUAUUAGUUGUGAAUCACUAGGUAUAGAUCACAUGGAUGAUGGUGCAAGACUGAAAAAUCAAACUAAUGAUGUGAACAAGGCAGAGGCAAAGAAAAAUGUAUUUGCUUAUAGAUACCCACAAGUCGAAAGACGAAAUCGGCUACCAGAUCCUGUUGAAAAAGAGAAAAGGGUUAGUCUGUGGUCUAUGAUCAAAGAUAACAUUGGAAAAGAUUUGACCAGAGUUUGUCUUCCUGUAUAUUUUAACGAACCAUUGUCAUCCCUGCAAAAGUGUUUUGAAGACUUCGAGUACUCUUAUCUUUUGGAUCAGGCAUAUGAGCAUGGGAAAGCGGGAAACAGCCUUCAGAGAAUUUUGUACGUUGCGGCUUUUGCUGUUUCUGGAUAUGCUUCAUCAGAAGGCAGACACUGUAAACCCUUCAACCCUUUAUUGGGCGAGACUUAUGAAGCUGAUUAUCCCGAAAAAGGAGUACGUUUCUUCUCAGAGAAGGUCAGUCACCACCCUACACUCAUUGCCUGUCAUUGUGAAGGUAAAGGCUGGAAAUUCUGGGGUGACAGUAACCUUAGAUCAAAAUUUUGGGGGAGAUCUAUUCAACUAGAUCCAGUCGGAACUCUGACUUUAGAGUUUGAUGAUGGGGAGAUAUUCCAGUGGAACAAGGUCACAACCAGCAUCUAUAAUCUAAUCCUAGGUAAUAUAUACUGUGACCACCAUGGAACAAUGCACAUGCGAGGUAAUCGCCAGUACUCGUGCAAACUCAAAUUCAAGGAGCAGUCUAUUCUUGAACGCGAUCCUCACCAGGUUCAUGGAUUUGUUGAAGAUGUGAUGGGGAAAAAAAUUGCUACAUUAUUCGGAAAGUGGGAUGAAAGCAUGUAUUUUGUAAAUGGAGAUGGGAAUGGCAAGGUGAAAGAUAAGUCUGACGCAUGUUUAUUGUGGAAAAAGAAUGAGCCACCUCUAAAUUUCACUCGCUACAACUUAACUUCUUUUGCAAUUACUCUAAAUGAGUUGGCACCGGGACUUGAGGAGAAGCUUCCACCUACAGAUUCAAGAUUAAGACCUGACCAACGGCAUUUGGAGAAUGGGGAAUAUGAUAAGGCCAAUGCAGAGAAGCUGCGAUUGGAAAUGCGACAGAGGAUGUCCAGAAAAUUACAAGAAAAUGGUUGGAAGCCCAGAUGGUUUGAAAGAGAGAGUGAAGAAGGAUCCUUCCGUUAUGUGGGUGGAUAUUGGGAAGCCCGAGAUCAGGGCAAGUGGGAUGGAUGCCCUAAUAUUUUUGGCGAAAUUAGUGAAGACCUCAUAAAUUCCUUCGAAUGA